AAAGUGUGUUGUGGUAACCAUGGUCCCCAUCGUCCCCAUGGUGAUAUGUUUUCGUUAAAGUGCUUGCUGAAGAUGACUGUUAUUACCGGUUGUGAGAGCUAGAGUACUAAAGAAGUUUAGUUUUGAAAUGUUGAUAUCAUCAACAAAACAGGAAUUUCGAACAUUGCCAGUGUAUAAUUAAAUCAAGACCUAACUAUUUAAAGAAAUGUGGUUUCUGUAUAUGUUGAGUUGGGUGGCAAUAAUUGUGCAAGUAUCUUUCGUUACAGUGGCAGUAGCUGCUGGUUUAUAUUACCUAGCAGAGUUAGUAGAAGAAUACACUGUAAUGACAAAGAGAAUUAUAUGGUGGAUGACUGUGAUAACCCUGUUGUUUUACAUAGGGUUUCUCUUGUUUGAAGACUUUCCUGCUUCAGUCAUCAUCUGUGGCGUCAUUAGUCAAGUAGCGCACUUGUUCAUUCUCAAGACAUUUCCAUUUGUUAUGAUUGCUUCACCUGCAUUCAUUGUAGCAAUCAUAAUGCUAAUUAUAAAUCAUUAUUUGGCAUUUCAGUACUUCUCAGCUGUGUAUUAUUCUUUUUCAGAGGUAAUUUCAUACUUCACCCUCUGCCUUUGGCUUGUUCCAUUUGCCCUCUUUGUGUCUCUCUCAGCUAAUGAGAACAUUUUGCCAACAGUUGCAGAAAGAAAGCCAUUAUUAGAUGACAACGAUGUUGUCAGCAAUUACUUUUCUAGGAAAGGCAAAAAAUAUGGAUUGCUGUCGCUGUUCAACUAUGCUAAAGACUCUAUUCUUCCGCAGCGUAAUAAAAAAUCUUUCUGAACAGUGGACAUGAAUAUCAGUAAACCAAUAACAUACAGCCAUGAUAUAAAUGGACUACAUCAUUACAUCACUGAGUGAACUGGACAAACUUUACAUCAUAAGCCUUACUUUCAAAUGUGCACUUCAAGUGUACAUCAGUUAGUUGCCAAGAAAUUUAAGUGCAAAAUUUUAUUUCUCUGUAUUUUGAAACAAAAUACUUUUGUAAACAUACAUUUCAGUUUUUUUAACAGUGUUGUCAGUAGUAAGGACAUAGCAUAGCGCACUGGAAAUAUUAUUCUUAUUAACCAAAGACAGUGUGCUUCAUUCAGUAAAGAUGAAGGAACACAUUUAAGGAUUAGAGAUGUACAUUGGUAUGUUUGUGUGUGUGUGUAACUGAGUAUGCAUUCCUGCUUCUAAUAAAAUAGCAGUUUGGAAAUACUGUAA